AUAUAUCGGUAGAAUGAUGUUCAGAGUCUCCAGUGAAACCAUGGCUUGUGAACCGAAGCGCGCCCGUUUGCUGUGCAUGCUGUUAUUAACGUUCAGUUUUUUCGUGGUCGAGGUGGUGGUGAGUCGGCUCACGGCGUCGCUCGCGAUGCUCUCGGACUCUUUCCACAUGUUGUCGGACGUGAUGGCGCUGAUUGUGGCGCUGGUGGCGGUGCGUUUUGCCGAGCGCACACAGUCCACCAACAAGAACACGUUCGGCUGGAUCCGUGCUGAGGUGAUGGGCGCCCUCGUCAACGCCGUGUUCCUGACCGCGCUUUGCUUCACUAUUGUACUCGAGGCCAUCGAGCGCUUCACCGAGCCGCACGAGAUCGAGAACCCGCUCGUGGUCAUCGCCGUCGGGGCCGCGGGGCUCGUGGUCAACCUGCUGGGGCUGUGUCUCUUUCACGGGCACGCGCACGCACACAGUCACGGCAAGUCGAAGCACAACAGGACGAACAUGAGCAAGACCGAGAUGUCCACUGAAUGUGGAUCCACCGGAGAGAAGACCAACAACGGCGUGAACUCAGACAGCAGAGGACCAGCUGAGCUCUCAGCCGUGCAGCUGAACAGCGACCUGGAGCGCGAGCCUGACCUUGACCUUGAGCACGAGUAUGACCUUGACCUUGAGCAUGGUUUGUCGUCGUCUUCCCAGCUGAACAUGCAUGGUGUUUUCCUUCAUGUUAUGGGUGACGCGCUUGGCUCUGUCAUUGUCGUGGUCAGCGCCAUCAUCUUCACCUCUGUGUGGCGUCCAUGUGAGCCAAACCUUCCCUGCAACAACAUGUGCUUUGCCAAAACACACUGCAGUGACCAAUAUCACCCUAACCACACACUGGGUUUUGGUGCUGCAGAACACAACAACACAAACACCAUGUCCAACAUAGCGGGGCCCUGCUGGGUGUUGUACCUGGAUCCGACUCUGUGCCUCAUCAUGGUCUGCAUUGUUCUGUACACAACAUACCCGCUCCUGAAGGAGUCUGCCCUCAUCCUGCUGCAGACUGUUCCCAAGCAGAUCGACGUGAGCCGCCUAAGCGCUCGCCUGCGCCAGAUUGAAGGUGUUCUGGCUGUGCACGAGCUCCACAUCUGGCAGCUUGCUGGAAGUCGAAUCAUUGCCACAGCACACAUCAAAUGCCAAAACCAUGCCUCCUACAUGAGCGUGGCAAAUCACGUGAAGGCCUUCUUUCAUGAUGAAGGCAUCCACGCCACCACCAUCCAGCCUGAGUAUGUCAUGGUGAGCUCCGAGUCACACGACUCGUUCUGUGAGCUCUCCUGCAGCACACAGUGUGCUGCUAAGGUCUGCUGUCAAAAUGGCAAACCAUCUGACAACAUAAACACAAAUACGGAUAGUGGGAGCGAAGCGGAACCGUCAGCAUUGACCAAUCUUUCAUGUAAACAAUAAAACAGAAUUCAUAUUUGUACACACCUCUUGAAAGAAGCUGGCCGUUUCACUCAGAGGCCACGUAAGAGAAACCAAAAGCAAGGGUCUUCAGCUUACCAUUACCUGAAUGAUAAAUGAAAGGAAAUAAUGGCAAAAGGGUUGUUUACUUCCACACACACCUUUCUGUAAUUGUUAAAUUGAAAACAUGAGUUACAUUGAGAAAAUGUCUGGUUAAUAUGGAACUUCUGGAUUUGUGCUUUUGAGUGACAAAAGGUUGACAACACUGGUGCUAGGAGAAGGAGCAUGGGAAAAGGCUUCAUUUUAUAAUUUAUUUAUUUGUUCUUAUUCAGUAACCACUUCAUCCUGGAUCCAGAACCUAAAGUGGUAUCGGUGCAUCCAUAGAGACAGACCUGAGACAAUAGUUAUGUGUCUUGCUUCAAACAUGAAGUGAAUCAACUGGGAAAAGAUUCACAAGAGAAAUUUCCUGAUCACUGUUCUGACAAAUGAAACAAAUCUGCUCUGUGUAUUUUGUGUCAUGGUCAUGCAAUGAAAAAAUGUGGUUAUAAUGGCAGUCAAUGGGGCCAAAAAGUUAAAAUCUAAUGCUGCACAAUAACGUGCAUGAAAGACAAUGUUGUUUGUAAUCUUUGAUUGUUUGUAUUUUUGUAAAAAGUUAAAAUUCUGGAUUUUUUCAAAUGUUUAGUAGUUUUGAUCAGAACAGGUUGAUUAACAGAUUUAUAUAUAAAAAAAAGAAAUAAAAUAGAAAAUAUUAAUCCGAUAUAUUUUUAUGUAAGUUUAAUUUUGUUGACAUUUUUGUACACGAACACCAUGAAAAGGAAGUGAAUUAAAGACCUGGUGAAAAUUC